CUCUCGAAAAGAAAAACAGGAAUGUAGUCUAGAUGCGAGUUAAGAAACGUUCAAAAUGCCAGGAUCUUUGAUACUUUUAUGUAGAUUUCCAGCAAAGCGAUCACUGGAAAGUUUAACUUCUCUAUGCAAACACAGUCAUGUUUUCAAUGAAGCUUGUCAAGGAAGACUGCUAUUGCCAAAGGGAAACAACUGUUCUUUUACGCACAAACAGUUUAUCAGAGGGGCUCGUGGCACAAAACUCGGUCCACAUCAACACUAUGAGAGUGACAGUUCUCUCCUCGUGAAGCAUUUCCUAUUAACAGCCACCGUAUGUGGUUGCAGUUUUACAGGUGCCAUGAUUUGGGAGUAUGAAAACAUAAAGAAAAAAAUUCAGGCAAUGAAGCAACAAUUGUACUUCAACCAUGGAGUUUUAAAAAACCACUUCAUAGAAGUUACAAACUUAGUGAGUGGGAUUGUCAUGAUUAAUGCUGUCGUGUAUGUUUUAUGGAAGGUCCCACGCAUUUAUCCUUUCAUGCAGAGAUACUUUUUAUGCUCUCCUUGUAAAGAACAGUCAGUCCUGGGGAGCUUUUUCGCAGCAUUCAGCCAUGAAAACUUUAUUCACUUGUUCUGUAAUAUGUAUGUUCUGUUGAGUUUUUCUACUGUCACACUUAGUAUGUUUGGCAAGGAACAGUUUCUAGGAGUUUAUCUGAGUGGUGCUGCUGUGUCAUCUUUUGUGAGCAUGUGCAACAAGGUUGCCUGGAAGAUUCCAACCCCCUCUGUAGGAGCGUCAGGAGCUAUAUGUGCCUUGAUUGGAGCCACAUGUCUCACCUACCCCGACAGUCAACUCAGUAUAGCAUUUAUAGACCAGAUUAUCCCACACUCAUUCUCAGCUCAGUCAGGUUUACUAGGACUGCUAACUUUUGAUAUUUUGGGAGUUGUGUUUAGAUGGAGGUUUUUUGAUCAUGCUGCACAUUUAGGUGGAACCUUAUUUGGCAUAUGGUAUGUGAAAUAUGGCCAGGAUCUCAUCUGGAAGAAGAGGGAAGCUGUGAUUAAAUGGUGGCAUAACAAGAGAAAAUCUUCUAAUUGACUGCAUGUUUUAAAUUAAUAAAAUUUACAUUAUUUA